AGACCAAAACGUGGAGGCUCAACAGGACCCGGUUAUGCCUGCCUUCCUGACACAAUUUCUGCAGCAAAUGGCGAACGCGCCAAUGUUUCAGCCACCGCCUCCACCGCCUCCUAGGCAAAUAACGUUGAAAACGUUGAAGGACAAUGGUGCUGAAGAGUUCUAUGGGGACAAAAUCUCUGAUCCCCAGGUUGCACUCGAUUGGAUUGAACAAACAGAAAGAGUUCUGAAGAAUCUAAGUGUUCUGAACGCGAGACGUCCUGAACUUGCAUUCCAACUCCUCCGUAAGGGAGCAUAUGAGUGGUGGAAGCGCGCCGAUGAGAAAGCGCCUAAGCCUUGGACGUGGGAGUAUUUCGAUUGGGCAUUCAAAAAGGAGUACAUCCCAGCUCGCUUCAGAGAGGAGAAGCGCACUGAAUUCAUGGAGUUGAAGCAAGGAGACAUGACCCUCCCUGAGUUACGAAAAAGGUUUGACUAUUUAGCACAGUUCGUGACGACGCUGGUAUCCACGCCGGCAGACCGCAUUGAAGAAUUAUGUAAGAGGCUACGUUCCGAUAUUCGACCGUACGUAUCUACCUUGACCACUACGGACUUUUCUGAAGCAUAUGACCUAAUGGCCAAAGCUGAGAAAGACGUUGAUGAUUACAAGGCCAGUCUGAAAGCCGAGGAAGGAGGACCCAGUACACGCCCAACUGUGAGUGUUACGCCGAGUGCGAAGAGGCCGUUAGGUGAGACAAGUGAGGCAUCUCAUGCGAAGAAAAGCAAGUCUGUGCAGCCGAAUCAGUGUUUCGUCCAAUUGCUCACACUCGCGAUUAGACCAAGGAGGUCUCACCGGGAAGAAGUUCGCUGUCAGCCGCUGUCCGCCCCGGGAUCUUUGGACAGGGGGAAGGUCAGCCGUGGUCGCACUGCCGUCGAUCGUGGUCGCCCUUAAAACAGCCGCAGACCAGAGUCGGGAGAAAGGAACUUGACACCGCCGCCGUCGUCCUGUGUCGCCGUUGCCAUUGGGAUCGCCGGAAAAAGCCCGACCAAUUGAUUCUUGUUUUGUUUAAUUCACCAAUUAAUCGAGGUAACAUGAAUGAUGAAUGAGGAACUAUCCUG